AAUUAAACAUGAUUUCUGCUAGUCCCUAUUUAAUCGGAUUUAAUGGGCAAGAUCAGUUUGAGUGGUAAACAGAUUAUUUAAUAGAAUGUCAAAAUGGUAAAGUACAUUAGAGUUCAUCUCGUUCAACAUAUGUAAGUGGAAAAUGAGAUUCCAAAGGGGGAAGUAAUAGACUCAGGAAGAGUAUUACUAACGUGGAAACAUUUGUCUUCAAAGAAAAGGCCUGGGCUCUGAUCGGGGUUUGAAACCAUCUGUGUACCUGGAGCCAGUCGCUUAGCUUCUCUGAACCAAUUUCCUUCUCUCUAAAAUAGUAAUUGAUGGUAACUUACUUCAAAGAGCUGUUGUGAAUUUUAAGUAGGACCGCGCACGUAAAACUUUAAUCCAGUGCCUGGCUAAGCACCACAAGUCAACUAUUAUUAUUGUUACUUCUGUAGAAGAAAGAUCUUUUCUGACUCUUUUUCUAUAAGAAAAACCAUUCAUUCUCCAGGUCCCAUUCACAAGAUGGAAACAACAGAAAGCUUUCAACGGCUCGGAGAUAGGCGCUGCAGGGAACACGAAACGAGCCAUCCUGGGAGGCAGAGCACUGCCACCCUCCGCAAAGCCCGUCUUCCAUUUCCUUUCCUUCCUUUUCGGGAAAGGCCCGCCCGCCCGCGUUAGGUAUCUUAUUAUCCUGCUUCGCUAGGUUGCUGGUCCCUCUUUGGCUUCUCUCUGCGUCCUAUAGGUCGUGCGGGCCCAGCGGCAGAAAGGCGGCAAAGGCUGGAGUCUCGUUCCCUCCAAGCCCCAUUCUUCCGCUUGGCUCACGCCCGCCGCAGCGGCGUUGGGAAGCCUGGGUUCCCGCGGGGAUUGACGCGCUGGGGGAGGAGCGGUUUCUCGCUGCGCGCCUCUCAGGAGCAUUACGGCAGGGCUCGUUCCCGGCUCCGGCCGCCAGCCCCAGCCUCCCGAGUUCGGGGCUGGGACUGGCAGAGGCCGCGAGGGAGGGAGCGCGAGCGAGGAGGCUCGCGCCCGCCGGUCCGCGCCCAGACCGCUGCCGCCGCCGCCUCCUCAGCAGCCAUGGCCGAGCGCCGCGCCUUUGCCCAGAAGAUCAGCAGAACUGUGGCUGCUGAAGUUAGGAAGCAGAUCUCCGGACAAUACAGUGGCUCUCCCCAACUGCUCAAAAACCUCAACAUUGUUGGCAAUAUAUCCCAUCAUACCACAGUGCCCCUUACAGAAGCUGUGGAUCCAGUGGAUUUGGAAGAUUACCUCCAUGCUCAUCCUUUACCUGUGGAUUCUGGGCCUUUAAGGGAUUUGAUUGAAUUCCCUCCAGAUGAUAUUGAAGUUGUUUAUAGUCCUAGGGACUGCAGAACCCUUGUUUCAGCUGUACCUGAAGAAAGUGAAAUGGAUCCACAUGUUAGAGAUUGUAUAAGAAGUUAUACAGAAGACUGGGCAAUUGUGAUCAGAAAAUAUCAUAAACUGGGGACAGGAUUUAAUCCCAAUACAUUAGAUAAGCAGAAAGAAAGGCAAAAAGGUUUGCCGAAGCAGGUCUUUGAAUCUGAUGAAGCUCCAGAUGGCAGCAACUACCAGGAUGAGCAAGAUGAUCUUAAAAGACGUUCAAUGUCAAUAGACGAUACUCCAAGGGGUAGCUGGGCCUGCAGUAUUUUUGACUUGAAAAAUUCACUUCCUGAUGCUCUGCUUCCCAAUUUACUUGAUCGAACUCCAAAUGAAGAAAUAGACCGUCAGAAUGAUGACCAAAGGAAAUCAAACCGUCACAAGGAACUCUUUGGUUUGCAUCCCUCACCAGAUGAGGAGGAACCAAUAGAACGACUUAGUGUUCCUGAGGUGCCCAAAGAACAUUUUGGUCAAAGACUUCUUGUAAAAUGUUUAUCACUCAAGUUUGAGAUAGAAAUUGAACCAAUUUUUGCAAGUUUGGCUUUAUAUGAUGUCAAGGAAAAGAAAAAGAUUUCAGAAAACUUUUAUUUUGACCUUAAUUCUGAGCAGAUGAAAGGAUUGUUACGUCCACAUGUACCACCUGCUGCUAUUACCACCCUGGCAAGAUCAGCAAUUUUUUCUAUUACUUAUCCUUCUCAAGAUGUUUUUCUUGUAAUAAAGCUAGAAAAAGUCCUACAACAAGGAGACAUUGGAGAGUGUGCAGAACCAUAUAUGAUUUUCAAAGAAGCAGAUGCCACCAAGAAUAAGGAAAAAUUGGAGAAGCUGAAAAGUCAAGCUGAUCAGUUUUGCCAAAGACUUGGGAAAUAUCGUAUGCCCUUUGCUUGGACUGCAAUCCAUUUAAUGAAUAUUGUUAGCAGUGCUGGGAGUUUGGAAAGAGAUUCUACAGAGGUAGAAAUAAGCACUGGAGAACGAAAAGGGUCUUGGUCGGAGAGGAGGAAUUCUAGUAUUGUUGGUAGACGAUCACUUGAAAGGACAACAAGUGGAGAUGAUGCUUGUAACUUGACCAGCUUUCGACCUGCUACGCUCACAGUGACCAAUUUUUUUAAGCAGGAAGGAGACCGCUUAAGUGAUGAAGAUUUGUACAAAUUCCUUGCUGAUAUGAGAAGACCAUCUUCUGUUUUACGGAGACUAAGACCGAUUACAGCUCAGCUGAAGAUAGACAUUUCUCCAGCACCGGAAAAUCCCCAUUAUUGUCUAACUCCAGAGCUGCUACAAGUGAAGCUUUACCCUGACAGUAGAGUUAGACCCACCAGAGAAAUUUUGGAAUUUCCUGCCAGGGAUGUCUACGUUCCAAACACUACUUACAGAAAUCUUCUCUACGUAUAUCCUCAGAGUCUCAAUUUUGCCAAUCGUCAAGGUUCUGCCAGAAAUAUAACAGUGAAAGUCCAGUUUAUGUAUGGGGAGGAUUCGAGCAAUGCCAUGCCGGUAAUCUUUGGUAAAUCUAGCUGUUCAGAAUUUUCAAAGGAAGCCUAUACAGCCGUAGUAUAUCAUAACAGGUCUCCUGAUUUUCAUGAAGAAAUCAAGGUUAAACUCCCUGCUACUUUAACUGACCAUCAUCACUUGCUUUUUACUUUUUAUCAUGUUAGUUGUCAACAAAAGCAAAAUACUCCUCUUGAAACUCCUGUUGGAUAUACAUGGAUACCAAUGCUUCAGAAUGGGCGAUUAAAGACUGGGCAGUUUUGCCUACCGGUCUCCCUGGAAAAACCACCACAGGCUUAUUCUGUACUCUCUCCUGAGGUUCCUCUACCUGGCAUGAAAUGGGUAGAUAAUCACAAAGGUGUUUUUAAUGUUGAAGUUGUUGCUGUUUCAUCUAUCCAUACACAAGAUCCUUAUCUUGACAAGUUUUUUGCUCUGGUCAAUGCUCUGGAUGAACACAUGUUCCCGGUCCGAAUUGGAGACAUGCGAAUCAUGGAAAAUAACUUAGAAAAUGAAUUGAAGAGCAGUAUUUCAGCAUUGAAUUCAUCUCAGUUGGAACCAGUGGUCCGAUUUCUUCAUCUUCUGCUUGAUAAACUGAUACUUUUAGUUGUUAGACCUCCUGUCAUUGCUGGCCAAAUAGUUAAUCUAGGCCAAGCAUCUUUUGAAGCCAUGGCAUCGAUUAUAAAUCGGCUUCACAAAAACUUGGAAGGAAAUCAUGACCAGCACGGCAGGAACAACCUUCUUGCAUCAUAUAUCUAUUAUGUUUUUCGCCUACCAAAUACUUACCCUAAUUCACCAUCACCAGGUCCUGGGGGUUUGGGAGGAUCAGUGCAUUAUGCCACGAUGGCUAGAUCUGCUGUGAGACCUGCAAGCCUUAAUUUAAAUCGUUCUCGGAGCCUUAGUAAUAGUAAUCCAGAUAUAUCUGGGACUCCCACAUCACCAGAUGAUGAAGUACGGUCAAUCAUCGGCAAUAAGGGUUUAGAUCGCUCCAAUUCCUGGGUUAACACUGGUGGUCCAAAAGCUGCCCCAUGGGGAUCCAACCCCAGUCCAAGUGCAGAAUCAACACAGGCUAUGGAUCGAAGUUGUAAUCGUAUGUCUUCGCACACAGAGACGUCAAGUUUCUUACAAACAUUAACGGGACGCUUACCAACUAAAAAGGGAAAGGAAGAUGAGUUAGAAAAAUUAUCACUCUUACUUUUUCAUGAGGAGCUGGCUUUGCAGUGGGUUGUUUGCAGUGGCAGCGUUCGGGAAUCAGCUUUGCAACAAGCCUGGUUCUUUUUUGAGUUAAUGGUGAAGAGCAUGGUGCACCAUUUAUACUUUAAUGAUAAACUUGAUGCACCCAGGAAAAGUCGUUUUCCAGAACGUUUCAUGGAUGACAUUAAUGCUCUUGUUAGUACAAUUGCUAGUGAUAUCGUUUCACGAUUUCAGAAGGACACAGAAAUGGUUGAGAGACUCAACACAAGUCUUGCAUUCUUUCUCAAUGAUCUGUUGUCUGUUAUGGACAGAGGUUUUGUUUUUGGCCUUAUAAAGACUUGCUAUAAACAGGUGUCUACAAAGCUUUAUACAUUACCAAAUCCAAGUGUCCUGGUGUCCUUGAGGUUGGAUUUUCUGCGAAUCGUCUGCAGCCAUGAGCAUUAUGUUACAUUAAACUUACCCUGCAGCCUGCUAACUCCACCUGCAUCACCAUCACCGUCUGUUUCUUCUGCAACAUCUCAGAGUUCUGGAUUUUCCACCAACGUACAAGACCAGAAGAUUGCAAAUAUGUUUGAAUUAUCCGUGCCUUUCCGCCAACAGCAUUAUUUGGCAGGGCUUGUGUUAACAGAGCUGGCUGUUAUUUUAGACCCUGAUGCUGAAGGACUGUUUGGAUUGCAUAAGAAAGUCAUCAAUGUGGUACACAAUUUACUAUCCAGUCAUGACUCAGACCCACGGUACUCUGACCCCCAGAUAAAGGCUCGGGUGGCCAUGUUGUAUCUACCUCUGAUUGGCAUUAUCAUGGAAACUGUUCCUCAGCUAUAUGAUUUUACAGAAACUCACAAUCAACGAGGCAGACCAAUUUGUAUAGCCACUGAUGAUUAUGAAAGUGAAAGCGGAAGCAUGAUAAAUCAGACGGUUGCCAUGGCAAUUGCAGGAACAUCAGUUCCUCAACUAACAAGACCUGGCAGUUUCCUCCUCGCAUCAACGAGUGGCAGGCAAUACACUACCUUUUCAGCAGAAUCAAGUCGGAGCCUUUUGAUCUGUCUACUUUGGGUUCUCAAGAAUGCAGAUGAGACAGUUCUACAGAAGUGGUUUACGGAUCUCUCAGUCCUGCAACUAAACCGGUUAUUAGAUCUGCUUUACCUCUGUGUGUCUUGCUUUGAAUACAAAGGAAAGAAAGUGUUUGAAAGAAUGAAUAGUUUGACCUUUAAGAAAUCAAAAGACAUGAGAGCAAAGCUUGAAGAAGCUAUUCUUGGGAGCAUAGGUGCUAGGCAAGAAAUGGUGCGCCGAAGCCGAGGACAGCUUGAGAGAAGCCCAUCUGGGAGUGCAUUUGGAAGUCAAGAAAAUCUGAGGUGGAGAAAGGACAUGACUCACUGGCGUCAAAACACUGAGAAGCUUGACAAAUCAAGAGCAGAGAUUGAACACGAAGCACUGAUUGACGGAAAUCUGGCUACUGAAGCAAACCUAAUCAUUUUGGAUACAUUAGAGAUUGUUGUCCAGACAGUUUCUGUAACAGAAUCCAAAGAGAGCAUCCUUGGUGGGGUGCUAAAAGUGCUAUUACAUAGCAUGGCCUGUAAUCAAAGUGCAGUUUAUCUACAACACUGUUUCGCUACACAGAGAGCUCUGGUUUCAAAGUUCCCUGAACUCCUGUUUGAAGAAGAGACAGAGCAGUGUGCUGAUUUGUGCCUCAGGCUUCUCCGGCACUGUAGCAGUAGCAUCAGUACAAUACGGUCACAUGCUAGUGCCUCCCUUUACCUCCUGAUGAGACAAAACUUUGAAAUUGGGAAUAACUUUGCCAGGGUGAAAAUGCAGGUAACCAUGUCACUGUCUUCCUUGGUGGGCACAUCUCAGAAUUUUAAUGAAGAAUUCUUAAGACGCUCUUUAAAGACUAUAUUAACAUAUGCUGAAGAAGAUCUGGAAUUGAGGGAAACAACCUUUCCUGAUCAGGUCCAAGAUUUGGUUUUCAAUCUCCAUAUGAUCCUUUCUGAUACUGUUAAAAUGAAGGAACACCAGGAGGAUCCUGAAAUGUUGAUUGAUCUGAUGUACAGAAUUGCCAAGGGCUACCAGACCUCUCCAGAUCUGCGACUGACCUGGUUGCAGAACAUGGCUGGCAAACACUCAGAACGCAGCAAUCAUGCUGAAGCUGCACAGUGCCUGGUCCACUCAGCAGCACUUGUUGCUGAAUACUUGAGCAUGCUGGAGGACCGGAAGUAUCUUCCUGUGGGCUGUGUAACAUUUCAGAAUAUUUCAUCUAAUGUUUUAGAAGAGUCUGCAGUCUCAGAUGACGUGGUAUCUCCAGAUGAAGAAGGUAUCUGCUCUGGAAAGUACUUUACUGAGUCAGGACUUGUGGGAUUACUGGAACAAGCAGCUGCUUCUUUCUCUAUGGCUGGCAUGUAUGAAGCAGUUAAUGAGGUUUAUAAAGUCCUUAUUCCUAUUCAUGAAGCUAAUCGGGAUGCAAAGAAACUAUCCACGAUUCAUGGUAAACUUCAAGAAGCAUUCAGCAAAAUUGUUCACCAGAGUACUGGCUGGGAGCGGAUGUUUGGCACCUAUUUUCGUGUUGGUUUUUAUGGAACCAAGUUCGGAGAUUUGGAUGAACAGGAAUUUGUUUACAAGGAGCCUGCAAUAACCAAACUUGCAGAGAUAUCGCACAGAUUGGAGGGAUUUUAUGGAGAAAGAUUUGGAGAGGAUGUUGUUGAAGUAAUCAAGGAUUCUAAUCCUGUAGACAAGUGUAAAUUAGAUCCUAACAAGGCAUAUAUUCAGAUUACCUACGUGGAGCCAUACUUUGACACAUAUGAGAUGAAGGACAGAAUCACAUAUUUUGACAAAAAUUACAAUCUUCGCCGUUUCAUGUACUGUACACCCUUCACUUUAGAUGGGCGUGCCCAUGGAGAGCUUCAUGAACAAUUCAAACGGAAGACCAUUCUGACUACUUCUCAUGCUUUUCCUUAUAUUAAGACAAGGGUCAAUGUCACUCACAAAGAGGAGAUCAUCUUAACCCCAAUUGAGGUUGCUAUUGAAGACAUGCAGAAAAAGACACAGGAGUUGGCAUUUGCAACACAUCAGGAUCCCGCAGAUCCCAAAAUGCUUCAGAUGGUACUCCAGGGAUCUGUAGGCACAACGGUGAAUCAGGGGCCUUUGGAAGUUGCCCAGGUUUUCCUAUCUGAAAUACCCAGUGACCCAAAACUCUUCAGACAUCAUAAUAAACUGCGACUCUGCUUCAAAGAUUUUACUAAAAGGUGUGAGGAUGCCUUAAGAAAAAAUAAGAGCUUAAUUGGGCCAGAUCAAAAAGAGUAUCAAAGGGAACUGGAGAGAAACUAUCAUCGCCUUAAAGAGGCCCUACAGCCUCUGAUAAACAGAAAGAUCCCUCAGUUAUACAAGGCAGUAUUACCUGUCACCUGCCACAGAGAUUCCUUCAGUCGAAUGAGCCUGCGCAAAAUGGAUCUCUAACAUAAAUACUUGUUUUAUUCUUUUGAAAAGAGCUAUGUAUUCAACAUUGAGUGUGAAAAGUUAAGAUCUAUUGAAAAAUGACUUGGGACUUAAUUCUGGAAAUUAUAGCAUUAAUUUACUCAUUGAAGAAUGCAGUGGCCAAAACUGUAGAUUGUUUGGUUUGAGACUCAUGGCUAUGGCUUCUAAUAAUGUUCUAGUAAUAUGCUGUUAUCUUUUUUGAAGACAUUUUAAUGACUCAAAAGGUACACUAUACAUUUACCAUUAUUUAUACCAUAGCUAAUGUUAAAUUUAUUUACUUUGUUUGUACUUUUUAAUUUAUAUUACCAUUUAUAGAUUCAUUUUGGAACUAUUUUAAAUGUAGUAAUGCUUAUUUUAAAGGUACCAUUAAAUAUGUGAACGUUUACACAAAUUUUACUGAGUGGGACUUUAAAAAAAUUUCUUUAUUGACAAAGGCAGAGAGUAAGUUAAAGCUGAUCAAGAACUAGUUCCAAAACUAGCAAAAUGGGAAGUAAAAAAAUUGACAGUCACUGUAUGACUCCAAAGUCUCAAAUUAAAUAACCAAAUAAAUUAAUGGGUGUAGAUAUUGAUAGCUGGUUCAUGAAACCUUUAAACUGGUUUCUAAGCUAUUAAGUAGGUGCAAAAGUAAUUGCAGUUUUUGCAAUUUAACCUUUUAAACCACAAUUACUUUUGCACCAACGUAAUAUUUUCCAUUUAGACCCCCAAAAGGGACUUAGGCUAAAUUGCAAAAAUAACUUUACCUAAUAAAAUUUUUGUCUAUAAAUUACAUACAGGGAUAGCUAAUACCAGUGACAGUAGCUUGAUCUUUGACUCUCAACCUUAUUACUCUAAUGAUAUUGGUAAGAACUUACUGACUUAGCAACUAAAAUGAAUGAUUCCUGUAUUUCAAAUUAAACAAGCCAGUCAUGCUUUUAGUGUUGUAAACUGUUACUAGAAAUCUACUUUAAAGCUAUCUUACAUCACCAUGAAAAAUAACAUUAACAGCUGCUCUUUGAUUUUAAUCUACCCGUUGAAUGAGUUGUAUUUUUUAAACUUGUAUAGAUUUUACAAAGUACAUGUAAUAAGUAAAAUUAGCUGUUUUAAUUAAAAUUAAGAAUUUAAAAUUAUAACUUUAUAAGAAACUAAUGCAAACAUUUUUGACAAUUAUUUGGCAAGUUUUUCCAAGAAAGUGCAUUAAUGAUUUCUGGAUUGUUUUGAACAAUGUUUUUUCUUUGUUUGGUAUUGUAUCUUAUAGAAAGUCACCAGUUAUCAUCUGUCCCUUUUACUGAUCAGUUACAUGAAUCAUGUAGAACUGAUCAAAUUUAACAGUGCCUUCAUUCUGUAGUUGAUGUUGAAAACAAGAUCUCAAAAACAUCUGAUUCUCCUGAGUGCAAAGGUGAUAUCAGGCUGUUAUCUACGCCCUCCGGCCAACCUUUAUAACAGGCAAUAUCAUCUCAAAUUCCUCUUAUCUACAUCAAUUCAAAGACUGAAUCACAAAAAGGUUUUUCAAAUGUGUCUAUAAUGUUGGACCACAGGGGUUAACUCAGGAGUAUAACCUCAAAAAUACAUAUGGGGACAGAGGAUCCAGACGAACAAUAAGGAAAGGAGGAGUUAAGAAUGGAAACUCAUUAAAACAAAAGGUAACAUACUCUCUUCUUUAGGGUAGGGGUGGGGGUAGACAUAAGGGAGAGAAUAUUAAAUAAUCCUGAGAUCAUUUCUCAUUAGGUUACAUUUAUGUUAAGUUUGAAUUGUUUCACACAAAUCUCAGUGACAAUAUCGACUUUAAACAUUGAUAUAAUUAUGACUUAAUUAUCAUGUAUUUACUAAUUAUUUUCUGACUUGUCUCAGAAGAGGCUUCUUCCUAAACAUUGGUGUACUGAACACUUGCUAACUUCCCAUGUACUCCAAUUUUCUUUAAACUUUCUCAUAUCAGGAAUCUAUACUAGAUUGAUUGUCCCUUGAGUAUUAGAGGCCCAGGUUCUAUCCUAGAACUAUCCCAUCAGAAUUUUACGGGUAAUGUUCAGGGCUGUUUCUUUUUAAAAGUUCCAUUAGUGAUUCUGAAUGUAGGUAAGAACCGUGACUUUUUGUAUCACACCAUCUUAUGGAAGAAUGUAAGACAUUAUUUAACUAUGUAACUAAUUUAUUAGUUGACAGGCACUCUUGUUGAAAUGGGUGUAACAUUAUUAUUCCAGUAACAUUUAUAUAUUCUUUAGUUUUUUUAGUAUUAGUACCAAGAAUGUCCUUUAGCCAGUCAUAAAGUAACUGAUCAUUUAUCAAUUUAAUGUAGUAUAUUUAAGUAAAAAUUCAACAAAGUUUUUAUGUGUUCCCAAAGCAUCAUCCUAAGUUCUCCAGUUCUGAAUUCCAUUAAGGUUGUAUGUCUAAUUGAAAGAACAACUAGAAUGUAACAGUUCUUACUGGAAACUUCUUUUAAGUAUGACAACUUAGAUGGACAAAGCACAAUUUGAACUCUCCUGUUUGAAAAUUUCUUUACUCCAAUUGUGAGAAAGUAUUGAGUAUUAUCAAAGGUAAUUAUGUGUUUAU